ACCAUGGCGAUAGAACCUCCGCCUCCGCUGCUCCGUCUGCUGCCGCUUCUGCUGCCGCUGCUCUUGAGCAAGGCACCUGCGCAGGCCUACACGCUCACGCCGGGCAGGCAACCGCAGCACAAAAUCUUACACCUGGACUGGCCGACAGACUGUGGGAUGCCUCACUUCAAACCAAACAUGGUUGAAAGAAUCGUGUCCGGAAACGAAGCCCGACCGCACUCCUGGCCCUGGCAAGUAUCUCUGCAGGUGCGUCCUCGUGGUUCUAAACACUACAUUCAUGUCUGCGGAGGAACUUUGAUCCAUAAGAACUGGGUCCUGACGGCGGCGCACUGUUUCCAGAAGGGUAAGGCCGAGGAGGCGGGCAGCUGGAGGAUCGUUCUGGGCAAACACAAACUGAAGCGUUCUGAAACGGCCGAGAGGAUUUUCCCGGUCAAACGGAUUUACCGCCACGAAAACUUCCGGUACCCGACGCACAGCGAACUGGACUACGACAUCGCCCUGGUCAAAGCCGGAACAGACAUCCACCCCUCACACUUCAUCCGCUACGCCUGCCUGCCGCGCAAACAGAUCAGCCUGCAGCCAGGGCACUACUGCUGGGUCACCGGGUGGGGCGACACCAGGGGGGGUAAGGAGAACGUGUCUCUGGCGGAGGCGUUGAAUCAGGCUCGUCUGCCCAUCAUCGACUUUAAAACCUGUCGACAGAAGAAGUUUUGGGGCGACCGGGUCAGAGACUCUAUGAUCUGUGCAGGGUUCAGAGACACAGAGGAUCCUCCUGCUGCCUGUCAGGGUGACUCUGGUGGGCCUCUCCUCUGUCAGUUGGACCGGGACCGUUGGGAGGUCCAUGGUGUGGUGAGCUUUGGUCCCAUCGGCUGCACCGUCGAGAACAAACCCAGUGUCUUCACCAGAACCGCCGCCUACAUCCCCUGGAUCGAAGCGACACGCAUCAGGGACUUUUUCCUCCACUGAAGCAGGACUGGACCUGGACUGGACCUGGACUGG